UCGUAUUGGAUCAUAUUGAAUCAAUUAAAAUGAAACUAAUUGUAAUUUUUCAGUUGCUUUUAAUAGAAUUCAAUUUUUAGUCAAUUGCACUCAAUUUUUAAAUGAAAUAUAUAUAAAGUUCUAAAAACCAAAUGAAAAUCAUCCAGGGUGUACCUCAACCUUGUGCCCUGUGCUGCCUGGUAUAGACCCCAGGUUCCCUGUGACCUGGUCCUGGAUACGUAGUUGGAAGAUGGAUGGAUGAAUCCCUUAAGCUGAAUAAUAUAGUCACUGUUGAGCCAUUUUACACGGUUCUCUUGUGAAACCAGGUUUGGAUGGUUCAUACCCAAUACUCCCUCACCAGAGGGAUGGUCUGCUUCAGUUGCUUAACUGUAAAUUCUUACAGCAGCAGUCCAGGAAACUCCUUGCAAAAAAAGUGCAGGCAACCACCAGCCUGAAGCGGAAUGAGAACAAGAGUACAAAAGUGGUAUGUAGUAUUUUAUGGACGGUCCAUCGCUUUUGAAGAGCAGCCAGUGGAAAAUAUGAGUGGUUUGGGAGCAUAAGCAGUUCAGCUAUCUGUAUUGUUCGGCUUAAAGUUACGGUUGGUCAGUCAGCGAACUUCAUGGCUGUUCUUGAAGGGAAAUAUUUUUGGAUUGACCUAGGGCAACUUUUUUGAACAUUUAUGCUACUAUAGGGCAUUGGACUGGAACAUUAUUCCCAUGCUCGGAGAUCACAAUAAGCAAUAGAUAAUGGUUAAAUGAAUAAAAGUUUGAAGACUAUAAACAAAAGUCAAGAACUUGCAGCAGCUGUAACAGACUUGCAGUGAGGAGCUAUCAGUUGGUUUUAAUUGCAAGGUCAGCAUUUCAAUUUCAAUACAUUUGCAGGUUAACGCAGGGGCUGUACAUGCGUGGGUUUAGUACAUGCCCCUGAUAUGGACGAUGAUCCCGUCAUUCCCAGAAAUACAUUGGUUAAGGCCAAAUCAUGUGACCAAGUGGUCAUGAGGGACAUCCUGGCUACCAGAGACAUAACUUAGGAAUGAUGGGUAAAACAUCUAUGACCCUUUAAAAACACAUAGUUUAAUGAUAGCUAUUUUUAAAAGAAUAAAAAGUGUUAGUCUUGCUUUCUGAAUACCUCUUUGAGUGCCACAAUUAAAUAUAUAUAUUUUUUGCAGAUUGGCCUAAAAAAACCCAUAUUUUAAAUUUAUGCACUAAUUAUCAGUGCAUGAGUAUACUUUACCACCCCUGAAAAUAAAGGGGAGUUGUCCUUUAAUGUCACCUGUACCCCAGCUGCGGCAGGCAAAGUACGAACUGCAGUUUGCCAAAUCGCACUAGAAGAAAAAGCAAGACUACCCGCUGAGCUGCUUGCUAAAUCGGGUUACCGACCAGCGACACCCGCAACCCUGGCGAACACCUGUUCAGCUAAAUCAUUGUGCACCAGGGAAAAGAAAAGGGAGCCAGAUUGGAACUGCGGCCGGCAGGAGUGCCUUAGUGUGAUCCAAAUUCGGAAAUAAAAUGAAAAGCUCUCAAGGAAAAGGACACGGAUACCUCUCUGUUGCCGAUCUGGAAAAUGUUUUGAAUACUUGCAAACUACAACUGACCCAAAUAGAUGAAGUCUGGCCACAUCUUUAUAUUGGAAAUGUGACAAUAGCACAGAACAGAACUGCCCUGCAGAAAUUAGGCAUCACUCACAUUUUAAAUGCUGCCCAUUCAAAAAAGGGAAGCAUAGGUGACCAGAAAUAUUAUGGCGGCAACUUUGUGUACUGUGGCAUCCCGGCGGAUGACUCCUCUUACUUCGACCUGAACAUUUACUUCAGACCAGCAGCUGACUUCAUUCACAAGGCGUUAAAGGAAAAGGACGGGAAAGUGCUGGUGCACUGCAUCAUGGGAAUGAGUCGAUCUUCCACCUUGGUGCUAGCAUACCUAAUGCUAUAUCAUCACCUCAGUCUCCAUAGCGCGAUUCGGAAAGUCAUCAAGAAAAGGGCCAUCUAUCCCAACAGGAAUUUCCUAGCGCUGCUUUUAGAUCUUGAUCUUCAGCUGAAAAGAAAAAAGAGAAUAUGUGUCAUUUUAUAAUGAGGAGCACGGCAGUCUGCUCCCAUUAAGACGCUGCAGAACAUUCUGGAGACAUAAACUCAUCUAUGCCGACUACAGGAUAUAAUACAGGUGAAUAUAAUAGUCCGUGAAAUGCACUUAAAAUAAUGACUUUAAACGAAAUAGGUGUGAAAUUUCACCUUGCAUUUAUGUUAUAAAAAUGAAUAGUUCUUUGUGUGGUUAGGGCACUGUUUCCUGCUACAAAAUAUCUGUUCUUUUUCAGUCUUUGAAACAAUUUGUGCAAAUGUAAAUAACGCACAUGGUGUACUCAGUAUCGCACAAAUCCUGUAGAUUCUUAGAUUAUCACAGAUGUUGUUUAAUUAAGGUAGAUAUCCCUUUCCAAUUUAAGGUGGUUUGAUCCACCUAGUUCUUUCAGGAAGCUUUUAAUAGAAGCCCUAUCAUAACACACCUAGAGAAGGGUUUCCCAACCCAGUCCUGGAAGACCCCCAGACAGUCCACAUUUUUGCUUCCCCUGAGCUGCCACCAAUCAAAAACUCAAAAUACCUGGCAUGACUGUGCAGGGAGUUUGGAAAGAACAAAAAUAUGGAUUAUCUGGAGGUCCCCGGGGACUGGUUUUGGAAACACUGCUCUAUAUGAUGAUCUCAAAAACUGCUGUGAAUAUUAUAAAAAUGAUGGUUGUUACCUCAAACUAGUGAAAAAGAGAAUGGCAUCAAUAGACCACGUGGUUAGAGUCUCUCUAACUCCUGUAAGACUUGUGUAUUAGAGUUUACAUCAGUGGUGCCCAACCCUGCUCCUGGAGAGCUACAGUACCACCCUGCAUAGCUUAGUUACAGCCCUAAUCUAACACGCCUGAUACAGAUAAUCAGGCCCUUCACUUAUAUCUCAGUAUGAGAACCAGCUUAACUUAACUUCAACAUAGCUGACUCUAAUACUGAGGUGAUACUGAAGGGCCUGAUUAUGAGUAUCAGGUGCGUUAAAUGAGGGCUGUACCUAAGCUCUGCAUAAUGGUAGCUCUCCCGGAGCAGGAUUGGGCAGCCCUGGUUUACAUCAUUUGCGAUUGCUCCAUUUCAGAUGUGAAUCUUGAACCUUCGUGCAGAUCUAAAUCUACCUCUGUAACAAUUUAUGAAUACCUCAGUUUGCUCAAUAGAAAACUGAAGCACAGUUAUCCCAAGUUUUCCCAUUUGCACUGGGCCGAAAUUACUCCAGGAUGUCAGUGUUCAAUAAAAAGUAUUUACAGGCGACACAAUCGUAAAUUCUGUAAAUAGUACUUGGCCCUUAAGUAGGCCUGAUUCUCAUUUCUGCUUAUGCUACACCCUGAUUGCUCAUGUAAUCAUUUUCAUACCAGGACACUGGACCAAACUCCUAAAUAAGCAACAUUGCAGGUCUGAAUCCAAAUGACCAUACUGCCCUAUGUCUAUCAUUCACGUUUCUUUUCCAAAUCGGAAACUAGAGUUUGAACUAUGCCUGUUUCUUAGAUAUGCUGCUGCCAAGGUUGUGCCACAAUCGACUAUUUAUGGAAUAAAUUUUUCACAAAAUC